AUGUCGACCUCCGUCGGCACCGCCUUCAGCAGCGCCUCCUCGCCUGUUCUGACAGCCCUAGUAGCCGAAGGAGCUAAUCUCUCUUCGUCCAGCGCUCCUUGCGUCUCCACCAUGAGUCCCGAGCAAGUCCAGCAGAAGUACGUCGAAGAGCGAGACAAACGGUUUAAACACUUGACAAACGAUCCCUGGCUUGAUCCGCAUUCCCCUGCCAAAGGGCCCAGAUUAACGACCGGCGCGCGGGUCAAGAUCCUUGUGCUGGGUGCUGGGUACGGCGGUCUGCUCUUCGCCGUCCGCCUACUAGAAGCCGGCUUCAAGGCCGAAGACAUCUGCAUCGUGGACUCCGCGGGCGGAUUCGGCGGCACGUGGUACUGGAACCGGUAUCCUGGGGCCAUGUGUGACGUUGAGAGUUAUAUCUAUAUACCGCUGCUAGAGGAGACGGGGUAUAUGCCGGCGCACAAGUAUGCGUAUGGACCAGAGCUUAGGAAGUAUGCGGAGAUGCUUGCGGAGAAGUGGAGGUUGGAGGGCAGGACUGUGUUCAGAACUGUGGCGAAUGAGAUCAGGUGGGAUGACGUGGGAAAGGACUUUGUUAUCGCAGAAUCUGGCCUUCUGAACUACCCUAAAGUCCCUCUGGUUCCGGGGUUGGAUGCUUUUAAGAGCCACUGCUUUCACACGUCCCGAUGGGACCACCGAUACACCGGCGGCUCACCAGUGGAUCCGGCCCUGACGAACCUGAAAAAUAAGAGAGUAGGCAUCAUCGGGACGGGCGCGACGGCUGUCAAAGCUGUACCGCACCUCGCCAAGUGGGCGAAGGAGUUGUACGUCUUUCAGCGGACGCCCUCCGCCGUCGAUACGGGAGGCAAUCGCCCUACAGACGCCGAAUGGUGGCAAAAGCAACGACGGGAGAACUUCUCUGCGUUCGUCUCCAACGUCUCGCCGCCCCCAUCCAUCGACAUGGUGGCAGAUGGCUGGAUAAUCAUGCCCUCCUUCAAUGCCCUCGUUGGAGGGCCUGCCGCCGCACAAGUAACGCUGGAGAAGGUAGCCGCAUAUGUGGCUUCGUUGCACGCCUUGGACUUCCCGCGGUCCGAGAGGAUUCGCGCCCGCGUAGACGAGAUAGUCAAGGAGAAAACCACCGCAGAAAGCCUAAAAGCCUGGUACCCCGGCUGGUGCAAGCGUCCAUGCUUUCACGACGAGUAUCUCCAGUCAUUCAACCUGCCCCAUGUCACACUCGUGGACACGGACGGCCGCGGGGUUGACCGCCUCACGGAUCACGGGGUGGUGGUGGGAGACUCCGAGUACGACCUCGACCUGCUGAUUCUCGGCACAUGA